GAUCAUCAAGAGUUAAAGGAAAAUAUACUAUAUGCUGAAGCGAAGCUAUUGGAACAAGAGAGCCGCUUGUGCCUCUUAUAUGCCAUACAGACCGAUAUCAUCUAACCCUGUAGUUUUUUUUGACAUCACUGUUGAGGGUGAAUCUCUGGGCCGUAUCUUUGUAGAACUUUUUAGGGAUGUUGUGCCCAAAACGGUUGAGAACUUUCGUUCUCUAUGCACUGGAGAACGAGGACGGAGUGUUUGCCCAUUAUACUACAAGGGAAUACCGUUUCAUCGAAUCAUUCCUGGUUUUAUAGUACAAGGCGGAGAUAUUCUCACAAAGGAUGGCAGAAGUAAUGUGAGCGUUUUUGGUUAUCCAUUUCCAGACGAAAGUUUCUUGGGAAAAGCAGGCAAGCACCUUCCAGGAACUAUAGCUAUGGCACACAGUGGCCCCAACCAAAACGGGUCGCAGUUUUUUUUCAACCUCUCUUGCAAUGAACACUUGGAUGGUAAAUUCGUUGUUGUUGGCCAACUGAUAGACGGUUGGGAACUUGUGAAUGAGGUCGGCAAAAGCUGUGGUUCGCGCUGUGGAACACCAGUGAGCCGCGCGUGGAUUUCUGAAUGUGGGCAAAGCGGUGGAUAUCUUGCUGAAGAGACAAAACAAGCCCUAGAAGGCGAGCGUUUGCUCCAUGAUAUGCCUGGGAAAGAAGUUCUCGACCUUAUUCAGCCACGUUACUAGCUUUUCUUUGUAUCAUUUAAACUUUUGACUUCGCCAUAUUGCAUGAUGCACAAACACCAUAUUUUGUCAGUUACCAAAGUAUGUCUUCAUCUUACUUUGCGUAGACACUCUUUGCGCUUUGGUCUUGAACUUUUUUCCUUAGUGCAACAAAAAAUUUUAUUUCAAGUGCUAGAACUUAACACAGGUAACGCGUUUGGGAUGCAUUAGUAAAAAGCUGAUCGCCUUGUGAUAUUCUGUACUGGUAAAUUACACUAUUUUUACUGAAUGGAUUUUCCAUUUUGAAAAUGAUUCAAAAUAUUCGAUCCUUCCACAAGGCAUCCUGCACGCAAUGAGGAAAGAUUUGGCAUAGUUAUCGAUUUUUCAGUUCUAGACGGUCUGAGAGUGAGCUUCCAUUGGUAUUUGAACUCGGAGCACACAUUCAUGCUCUACUAUUAGAACUGAACAACGUCACAGGUCUGGAAACUUAUAGUUUUCCGUUUGAUCUUUCAUAGAAGAUAGUAGACAGAUGAUAGUAGCAAAAUAAAAGGUUUUAUGAAAAGUUUCAAGCAUUUAUUCACACUGCUACAAUGUGAAGGGGUUCGUAAUACCUUAUCCCUUACUUUCUAUGUUCAGAAGUAAUAAUUUGAUCUAU